AUGCCCGGAGUUGUGGAUGUGAUGGGUGCAGAAGAUCUAGCGCGGCUGGGUUGCUCAAAUGACAUUGGCAUGUUUCCUGGUGACGAGGAGCUCUUUGCAGCAAGAGAAGUCAAAGCAGUGGGGCAGCCUAUAGCGCUGGUACUGGCCGAUACAUAUCAGUACGCACGCGAGGCUGUAAAGAAGGUGGCUGUCAAG